AUGUCGGCCAAGGCCUGGAAUCUAUUUUUCAGGGCUAAUGCAAACUUUGCUUUGUCUGCCGCUGAUGUGAGCUUUGAUGUAUCGUGUGGUGUUGGUUUCUGUAGCGGUUUCUGUUUUUACAUGGUAGGGGUGCUGGCCCUACGCAAAACCCUCCAUUUUUCACAUCCGGGCUUGGGACCGGCAUUGGCAGUGUUUGGCUAUCUGAUUGUUAUGAAUGUAACCUAUGACUAUCUUGUGUCAACUAACAUAACCAAUCAUACAGUGCUGCUGACGCUUACAGACUGCGAGUUGGAAAUCUUUCCGGGCAAGAAUGGGCCGAUAUGUAUUGAUUAUGUAACUGUUUAUGACGGUAAUAGUGCCUCAGCAACAGAGCUUGGAGAGUUUUGCUGUAUUGACUCACUUUUACCGACAUACGAAUCAACAGGUGACACGAUUUACUUUGUGUUCACCUCAGAUAGCAGUUCGAACUUUAAAGGCUUUUCGAUGACUGCUCAGGCUGACAGUCCCACUACCACGUCAACAACAACAACAACUACAACAACAACAACAACAACAACAACCACAACUGUCCCGCCAACAAGUGCCGCAGCGCAGGCCUCUAAGGAUUCUAAGAACUACACGUGGAUUAUUGUUGGCAGUGUGAUAGGCGGUGUUAAUCUCGUCAUUAUCAUAGUCAUCAUUUUCGUCUGCUUCGUGAAGAAACCGGACAGGGCAAAAACACCGGGUAGUGCUAAUGUGACCAACCGAAUUCUGUGGAGUAGGGCUAACACAAUGGUUGAACCUAUAUCAACAAAAGACGUCCCACCUGGGGAGGUGGUCCAAACAAACAUCUUCGACAUGGACCUACCCGCUGCAGACGCCAAAGCCAACCAACUUCCGCCACUCAGCCAGACCCUUAAAACUGGACAGAAAGAAAACAGCUUUAUAAUGAGUUAAAUUUUUAACUACCGAUUUUCACUAAAAUGUUUGUUUCUUCUACAUAUUAGUGAAUUUGUGUAAUAAUCAUGGCAAGAAGAUUAUACUGUGAUGUAAUACAUGUACAUAAGAACGUAAUCUAAAGUACAUCUGUGGGUGCCAACGUAUGAACGAAAGGAUUUCUAGCUCAUUAUAGUAUAUAUUAUAUAUGUAUAUAAUAUGACGUCAGAAAGGGCGCCAGAAGUGACAAGAUUCCUUCGUUUUGUUCUCUCUGAAAAUUUACUUAUGUUUGUAAUCAUGUGUAUGUAUUUCGUGUUUCCAUAAAUGCAACAACACAUAAAGUUAUUUAUGUCGUAUGCUAUUCUUUAACAGAACUUCAUUUUGAAGAUGGUCAGUUUUCAUAUGGCGACUCACAAGAUCGUUAUCCGGAGUAAACUGUGUCUCUAUGUAGCGGGUACUAGAAAUGUCCUUUUUACAGGAAUUCAAAGAUAUUUCGCAUCUUUUUGUCGCGAAAGAGAUCUGACAGAAAAUGAAAAAUAAAAUCUAAUGGAGUGUAGGAAAAAGCACAUUUGAUGAAACAUGUGACAGACAAUCUUAAAUAUGAAUAAUUUUGAAUAAAAUAACUUUUUUAAUAAGUUUUAUCAGCAAUCAAAUGUUGAUACUGGUUUAUGUUGUAUAGACAUGAAUCAUGCCUGACAUGUAUCUUGCCAUUUUUGUGGCUGUGUUUUGUCGGCGCAUUUUAGUACAAAGACAGUGUUGUUUAUAUAAUGUCAGACAAUUAACUUUGUAUUGAUAAGACAGUAUCUCCACUCAAAUUAUUUAGUAUUCAAUCAUAAAAAGAAAGUUUUUUUUAACUUCUAGCAGAUAUGUAUACAUGUAAUCAAUUUGGUCAGGUUCGCGCCAUUUUUCGUCUGAACAGGUAUUGUAUUCAAGCGGUCUUAACAUAAAAUUUAGCCUGAAAAAAAAACAGGAAAAAAGAUCUAUAAAACAGUUUUUUUCCAAAUUAAAAAAAAAUAUCUUCACUAUGGGUAUUUAUCAUUCAAAAAAAGUUCACACAAUGAAUAUGAAACAAGACUUUUUGUUUCAUUUUUACCCAUUAUUGUAAUGAUAUAGUGUUACGGCUGCUGCAUGUCAUGUCGUCAACAAAAGUACAAACAGAGCUUUAAUUCAAAGUCUAGGUUCUACUUUCAAAAGAUUUUUGUAAUAUUGAAGUCUGAAAACUAUAGUAGUGAAUAUCUGAUCAAAGAUGAUUGUCACUGUAACAUUCUUAUAUAGUUCCCACGGGUAUUUGUUCCUGUAUUGUAUCUUUCUUUUAUAGCAAAACCCGGUAUUUGACACUGUACCGUCACAUUCUUGUAUAUUACAUUUGGUUAUUUGACACUGCGCACUGUUACAUUAUUUUAUAGCACUCAGUAACAUUUGUAUAGUACCCCUGGUAUUUGACUGUUACAUUCUUGUAUAGCAAACUUGGUAUUUGACAUUCACAUUGUCACAUACUUGUGUAUUACACCUGGUAUUAAGACUCUCAUGUCACAUUUUUGUUUAGUCCCCCCCCCCCCCCGACCCACCCCCUCCCUGGAUGAUCGUGACAUGUACUAUCAUAUUCUUGCUUAUUACCCCUAGCAUUUGAAAGUUGUAAUGUCACAUUCUAGCGUAGUAUCCCUGUAUUUACCACUGUACUAUCACAUUCUUGUACAGUAUCCCCUGGUAUAUGUCUCUGCACAAUAACAGCCUUUUGUAGUAUUCCUGGGUGUUUACGUCCUAUAUAACGUUACUGUAUUUGUAUUUUAACAUUAUACUGUCACUUUCGUGUAUAGUACCACAUGGUAUUUGACACUGUACUGUCACAUUCUUGCAGAGCAAACCUUGGUAUUUGACACUGUAAUGUCACAUUUUUGCAGUGUACAACUUGGUAUUUGACACUGUACUGUCAUAUUCUUGCAGAGUAAACCUUGGUAUUUGACACUGUACUGUCACAGUCUUGCAGUGUACAACUUGGUAUUUGACACUGUACUGUCACAUUCUUGCAGUGUACAACUUGGUAUUUGACACUGUACUUUCACAGUCUUGCAGUGUACAACUUGGUAUUUGACACUGUACACUCACAUUAGUACGCCCCUGGUAUUCAAUACUAUACUGUACUGUAACACUUUUUGUACAGUAAAACUUGUCGCAGACAGAGAUACAUAGAUUAUACUUACGCGCCCUUAUAAUUCUGCUAAGAAUUAACUAUUUCAAAAAACAUUGAUGAAACAAAAAAGGGCCUAAUGUCAGUGUCGCUGGUCUUGAGCUUUGAAUACUGUGUCCGUCUCGUCUCUACUAACACUUUUUAGGGCUGUCAUGAAAUUUGAGUCAAGUUCAUUCCUACCCAUUUCCGCUCACAUAGCAAGGAUCGCGUGAAAAAUUUAAAAUAUGCCUGGCAUUUAACUUAAAAGUUAUUCAUGCAGUAUAUUUGGCCGGGGAAGUCAACUUAUCAUAGACUACAUAGUUGUGUCUUUGUUUAUUGCAGUACAGGCUGUGCAGGUAUUUAACAUUUUUCUGUUUAAAUUGUUGAUACCUGUACCAAGUUAUUAUUAUCAGUUGUUCAUUAGUGUUUUGUUGUUGUUGCUGUUGUUGUUAUUAGCUCAAUAGUGUGGUCUAGGUAACAUCUUUUAUUUUAUUUAGAAAAUAUAGCAAAUUUGACCCUUAUUGUAUUUCUAUGUAGUCAAACGCAAAAUUCUAUUUUAGCUCACCUGAGCCAAAGGCUCAUGGUGAGCUUUUGUGACCGCUCAAUAUCCGAC